GUGCCUUCACAAAUAAUGUGAAUUUAUUUGACGUUGCAUGCGGAAAAGAGUUUUCUUUGGGUUUGCGAAAAUACACACGGAAUGGAUCAUUUUGACAAGAAAGACGUUAUACAAGCUAUUCUCAUAGCCGAUAAUAAUGUGGAGAACUUUAAGCCAUUGUCCGACAACGAUUCCACGGCUCUCAUUCCUUUGGUCAAUGUUUCUAUGUUGGAUUAUGCCCUGGAGGCUUUAAAUCGCAGUGGAAUUGAGGAAGUGUUUGUCUUUGCCAGUCUGCACCUGCAAAGUGUUAGGGAUUAUAUCAAGAAAGGGAUUGCAUCACUCAGCUCUUGGUCGGUCAACAUGAAAGUUACUGUCAUUGGUGGCGAGGGCUGUCGUUGUUUUGGCGAUGCCAUGAGAGAAUUGGAUAGCAAGGCAUUGAUAAGAGGGAAUUUUGUUAUUUUGGGAGCUGAUACUAUAACCAAUACCGAUUUUAGGCCUAUAUUCGAGCAACAUAAGAAAAUAGCCAAAUAUGAUAAAGGUGCUGCGGCCACACUCAUCUUCAAGGAGGCAGAAAAUCAUUUACGUACCGGCAACGAAAUCAUGAUUGCUGUUGAUGUUCAAAACAACCGGCUACAUCAUCAUCAACGGCUGCGUUUGAAUGGCAAGGAAAAAGAUUUCGAAAUCCCCCUGGAGGUAUUUAUGAACAAUUCCCAGGUGGCAUUGUAUCAUAAUCUCAUCGAUCCUCAAAUGGCCAUUGGUUCACCAUCCAUGCUCUCGUUAUUUUCGGACAAUUUCGAUUUCGAAACCCGUGACGACUUCGUCAAAGGCAUAUUGAUAAAUGAAGAAAUUCUAGAUAGCCGUAUCUACGUCUCCUUGCUGCCCCGUGAACAAUAUGCCCGCAAAGUAAACAAUUGGCUAACAUAUCAAAUUGUUAGCAAUGAUAUUAUUAGCCGUUGGUCAUAUCCUCUUGUACCCGAUAUGGGUGUGGUGGGCCUUAAACAACAAUAUAUCUUUUUGAAAAAUAACAUCUACAGAAGUCCCGAAUCGAAUAUGUCCAAAGUCACGUUAAGAGAAAAUGUUGUGGCGGGUGCUGGUAGUUUUGUUGGCAGUGGGUCAACGCUGGGCUCCAGUGUUUUGGGCAGGAAUGUAAAGAUUGGACAAAACUGCCGUUUGGUGAAUGCCUUCAUAUUAGACGAUGCUGUGGUGGACGAUAAUUGUGUUUUGGAAUUUUGUGUGGUAGGAGCUAAGGCAAAGGUUGGCUGUAAAUCGAAACUUACCGAGGGCUGUGUUGUGGGGAAUGAAUGCGUAUUGCCGGCCAAUACAACAUUGUCAAGUGCCAUAGUCACUGCUGAAGUUACAGAAGAUGAUGAGGAAUGCGGUGAUAUUAAAAAGCUGAGUGACAAGGCCUUUAUUAUUACGCAUUCAGAUCGUAAUGUAGCCAACUCCGAAGACGAGGACGACGAUGAGGUAUUGCAAGAAGGAAACAUUGUGCCCAAAAUGAUGAAACUUCCCAUUAGCUAUGAAGAAAGUGAUUACUGUUCCAGCAGUGAUGAAGAUGAGUCCAGAGCCUGUUCGCCAAUGCCUGAUGAUACUAAUAUAUUCCUUUCGGAGGUCGUUGAUUCCUUGUCCCGUGGUUUCCAAGAAAAAUCCAACCCCGACUUUCUUAUAUUGGAAAUCAACUCAUCCCGCUACGCCUAUAAUAUGUCACUAAAGGAAGUCAAUUUUUAUGUUGUCAAGGCCAUAUUUAGUUUACCCAACAUUAAGGAGUGCAACGGCAACGUACUGGCGGACAUAAAUGCGGUAUUCAAACAAUUGGGUCCAGUAAUGUCGAAUUAUAUCAAAAGUGAAGACGCCAUGCUGGAUUGCUUAAAGGCUUUGGAGGAUAUCUAUGAUGAAAAUCCCAAAGUGCGCGAAAAGAUUUCACAAAUUGUCCACUUCCUUUACGACAAAGAUUUCGUAAGUGAAGAAGCCAUUUUGGCCUGGCACGAGGAACUGGAUGUGGAGCAACACGAAAGUCUGCGUAAAUCUCUACAAAAACUCAUUGAAUGGCUGCAGCAAUCCAGUGAAGAAGAGGACGACGAUGACGAUGAUGAUGAAGAAGAAAGUGACUGAAAUAGUGUAGAUAUUUAAAUAUAAUGUCUGUAUGUUUUUAUUAACACAACAACAAAGAAAAAAGAAACAUUUGUUUGUUAAAAAGUCA